AUGGCUGAGUUUGUUUAUAGAAGUAUGAUUCUGUUUGUAUUAGUCUUCCUCAUUCUGCAGUCUAGUGGCUCGCACGGGCAGAUGCUGCCCGCGAAUUUUGUGUUCGGGGACUCUCUCGUCGAUGUUGGGAACAACAACUACCUCCUGCUUUCACUAGCAAAGGCAAAUUUCCCGCACAACGGAAUCGAUCUCCCCAGCCAGAAAGCGACUGGAAGGUUUAGCAAUGGCAAGAACAUCGUCGAUUUGCUAGCCGGGAAGGUGGGGCUGCCGAGUCCACCGCCUUACCUAUCUAUCGACUCAGACUCGAGUACAUCAUACCUUUGCGGUGUCAGUUUCGCUUCUGAUGGGGCAGCAAUCUUCGAUAUCACAUCGAAUCCACUUAAUACGGAAUCAAUACCUCUGCGGCAGCAAGUGGAAUACUACCUGAAGGUGUAUGAAUACCUUAGGAAGCGACUAGGAUUUGCCCAUGCUCAGAAGCGUCUAUCGAAAUCUCUGUUCUUCAUUGUGAUCGGAAGCAACGACAUCCUUAACUACUCCCGAUCCAUCGAUCAAAAUAAACCCCCAAAAAAGCACGUCAACCAGAUGACCACCUUGCUCAAAGCCAAGAUACAUGAUAUCGCCAAUGAUGCACGGUGCUACUAG